GAGCCGGAGAGGUCGCAGACGCUGAUUGGCUCAUUCAAAAAUAGCACGCACGCAGCCCCGCCAUUUAAAUGUUUUAAAAGUCGUGUGUGUUUCUCCGUUUAACACCAGUGUGGAGUAAGUGAAAAGAGGAAUAACAUCACGUUUUGUCUUCGUAAGCGUUCCCGUUUAAUAAGCAUCAUGGGAUCCAGUGAGAGCAAGAUGGCUGCAUGCGCACAAGUAAAGCCAGAGCCGGCCAUCAAAAACAAUCGGGUCAACGCGCUGGUAGAUCCACGCUCCCCUUCAACAGGCAUUGACCGUACACCCAUUCAGGUUGGUGUGCUGAAAAGUGAGUGUCCGCAGGCAUUCGCUGAUCCCCGCUCACCUACUGUCGGUAUUAGCCGCACCCCUGUCAGAGAAGUCAUGAGAGCAACGGUUGGGUCCUUUGCUCGCCGCCUGGGCAUGCUUUUCCAUAACGAGGCUGAAGGCAAAGCCACCGAGAAACGCUUCAGUGACGUGGUGGAGGAAGAGGAGGCCUUAAAGGACGAAGAGUUUGCUUCCACUAAGCCGCUCCUGACUCCUCAGUCUAUCCGCAACUUUGGUUCCCUGGCUGAUCAUGCCAACCUUUUGGCCACCCCUGUAAUGCCCCCUCUGCAAAGUGAGGGUAGCUUAACCCCGUUUGUGCUUCUUGACCACCCCCAAGUGGAGGUGGAGCUGGAAACUGAGGGAGAAUUUAGCCUUGAGGAGGCAGAGGAAGCUAAAGAAUCUCCUCUUCACAAGAGGCUGAGCAUGAGCCUGAUAACCUGUCAUGACGGAGCAACUUCGACACAGAUCUUUGCUGAGGUGCACCGUGACUGUGCUACAUCUCCAGUGUCUAGUGUGGUGAUAGAGCCGAUCAAGAGUGGUAUGGAUCAUUCUUAUGCCGUUCCUUCUAUCACCGUUGAAACUGAGACCCCUGUUGCGCCUUCCCUGCCCGCUGAUGCAGAUGAUUCCCCAGUUCAGGUGUCCACAGCACAGUCAGAGGAAGCAGAGCAAACCCCACCGUCUGAGGAAAUGAAGGAGCUUGUUAAAGAGUCGUCUUUGCCUGCCGCACCCACUCCAGAGCCAGCAACUGUCCCCAAGUCAGAGCAGCCACAGCUCAACACUGGCAUCCGCUGCCCCACCAUCGACCCCAAGAGCCCCAGUCAGGUGGUGUUCAAGCCCCAGUGGCUGGGAAAAGGUUUUGGCGCCACUGGGCUGAAAACUAGAGGAGGCUCCUCCCCUCUUGCUGUCCGCUUGGCCGUGAAGAACGUAACCAAUGAAAACAAAGGCCAGUCCGGAAAACGGAAGCAGAAAGGUACUGAAGGCCGCUCCCCGCUGCAGAUCCUUAAGGAGACAAACUCACCCAGGGACAAACGCUCUCAGAUGAAACUGAAGGCCUCCACUCCAGAUAAGCAGAGACUGGGACAGAUGGACCGCAGGGUGCUGGCAGUGUCUCUGGAUAAGGAGAACAGAUGAUCGACUGCAGCCACGUGUACAGAAUCCUGCCUCUUAUAUAUCUUUUAUAACAAGAUUUUAUCUGUACAGCUUCCUUUGUUUUCUGUGUGUAUAUUACUUGUAACUUCCACUUCCAGCAGUUUCCUGUCCUGUUUUUCUCAUCUUGUAAAUAUUAAUAAAAUUAUUUGCACAGACACUA